CAGCGCAUGCGCGGGUUAAGUGCUUCCAUCGCGCCAAUUCGUUAUAUUUUGACGUUAAAAUUGUAUAGUGUUUGUUGAAAUACAUUGUUAAUUUUAGAAAAAAUGUUGAUAGAUAAUUAAACUAAACGUGUUGUGUAAACAAAUCAUGACUAUAAACGCUUAAAAAAUGUUCGGUUUUAAAAAUUCUUUGACUCGGGCUGUGGUUAUUUUGUUGUGGAUGAUAGAAAAUCAUUGUUAUGGAUGUGAUGUGAUAAAUUUGUUGCUUACCGUUGUAUUGUAUGUGACGGUAAUAUUAUGUGUUUUGAUGUACGACUAUGAUUAUUGGACGAAUCUCGGUAUUUUUUCGCCACCAGCGUUGCCUAUUGUAGGUCAUAUCUGGUCCGUGGUUGCACGGAAGGAACAAGGCGGUGUGUGUUUCCAAAGGCUAUACAAUGAAUAUAAGGACAAAAAGAUUAUAGGCGUCCAUCAAUUCUACCGUCGUACGCUGGUGAUAUGUGAUCCUGUAUUGAUAAAGCGUGUUUGCGUCAACGACUUCGUUUAUUUCACGGAUCGGGGAUUCUACUUCGACAAGGCUUUGGAUCCUCUUGCGGAGUCUGUGCUGUAUUUGAGAGGGAACGAGUGGAAAAGACUCAGAGCGAAGAUAUCGCCAUUGUUUUCACCGAUAAAACUAAAAGGUAUGUUAUCGUUAAUAGAGAGCACAGCAAAUGAUUUUUUGGCAUCGGUACAGAGAAUUAUAUGCAAGGGUGAUGUGAUGACGAACAAUAACCAGGCGACGUGUGUGGUGUCGGACAAACUCCUCGGAGGAUACACAGCGGACGCUAUCGUGCCUUGCGCGUUCGGGGUCAAGAGUAGUGUUAUGGCUCACCACAGCGACCCCUUCGCUGUAGCGCUGGCCGCCUUCUACGAAUGCUCGUUGUGGAAUGUAUUUGAAAAAACGAUGCGUACUUUCUGGCCGGCCUUUGUAUUAUUUUUCAAAAUACGCAUAAUACCAAAGAAAACACACGACUUCUUCUUCAACGUGGUGUCCAACGUCAUAAAGGAGAGAGAGAGCGGUGUUCAGGAGAAACGCGGUGACUUCAUAGACAUGAUGAUGGCUCUGAAAGAUGAACGGGACGAUGAUGAUGAAGACGACUUCAGAAUCACGGACAUGGUGAUCGCUGGCAACGCCUUCAUAAUAUUCCUGGGUGGUUUCGAGACCACCUCCUCCACCCUGGCAUUCUUAUUCCUGGAAUUGGCUGCGCAGCCAGACGUCCAGGAACAGAUGAGGGCCGAGAUAGCACGAGCUCUGGAUAAACACGGAGCUAUCACCUCCGAUAUGUUACAGGAUUUGACCUAUAUGGAUAUGGUCAUACAAGAGACUCUCCGUCUGUACCCGCCCUUCCCUACUAUCCAGCGCGUGUGUACUCGCCCCUACCAGUUACCAGGUCGUGACGUCAUCAUCCCCCCCGGCACCAUCAUCCUGUUCCCAACCCUCGGGUUACACAGGGACGAACAGUACUUCGAGAAUGCGUCCUCGUUCACACCGGACCGGUGGAGACGCUCCCCCCCGCCCGGUGUGUACGCGCCCUUCGGUGACGGACCGCGGUAUUGUAUAGGUAAAAGAUUCGCCUUAAUACAAAUGAAGUGUUGCCUGGCCAAGUUGUUGCCUCGCGUGUUCAUAUCACCGGUCACUGAUCGUCGGGGGCCGUUUCCGGUCGACUUGAAGUCGCCGAUGACGUUACAUCCGGCCGAUUCCAGGGUUUGCCUCAGUCUGCUCACAUCGACUGAGUGUUAACCGUAUAUAACAUUUUUAUAUAUAAAAUAUCAUACGAUACUUAUUGUAUUUUUAAAUGUUUACAAAGAUUAAUGUUGUGAUAAAAAUAUAUAUAUUUUUUUAUUAUUAUUAUUGUAAUAGUUAAUAAAUGUUUUAGAUUUA